AAUCUACCUCCCACCCCCAAACAAACACAGUGUUAGCAAGGCUGUUCAGAUUUGACACUUCGUUCGCUUGAAGAAGGAGACUUGGGUUUCUUCAACACGCCCCGUUUUCAUCAUCUAUAUCACCUCAAUCCGGAUCUGCCGAUGCAAAAGGAGCCUCAUUUGCCUGUUCUUACUUGAUAAACGAAUUAGGGUUCGAUAAAGAAAAAGCCCUCUCCGCUUCCCGGCUUGUGAGAUUCAAAACCCCAGAUAAACCAGACUCCGUGCGCCAGUUCUUGAAAACCCAUGGAUUCUCCGAUUCCCAGAUCUCAUAUAUGGUCAAAAGGUUCCCACAAAUCCUCUCGUGCAAACCCAAGAAAACCCUCUUGCCCAAGCUUGAUUUUUUCCAGUCUGCCGGGAUCUCGCAGGAAGAAAUCACAGAUUUGUUCACAAGAGCACCACUUCUGUUCCGAUUGAAUGCCCGUGAUAAACUGGUGCCUUCUUUUAAUUAUCUGAAGGGAAUGUUUCGUUCGAAUUCGGAAACUGUUGUAGCCAUGAAGAGAAUUUCGCUGAAUGCCGGGAACCUGCGCCUCAACUUUAAGAUGCUGGAGCAUAACACUCAACUUCUGAGAGAUGCAGGUGUGCCUCAAUCUAACAUUGAUAAAUUGUGGGGGCAUAGUCCAAGGGUUUUAGCUGUAGAUAGUGAUAAAUUUCUUGAGAUUGUGGAGGGUGUGAAGGCCAUGGGGUUUAACCCGAAAAAAGUAAAAUUCCUUCUAGCAGUAAAGGCAUUCACUGCAUUGUCCAAGGACACUUGGCUGAAGAAGAUAGAGGCUUACAAGAAGUGUGGGUUCUCUGAAGUGGAGAUUCUUGAAGCUUUUGUGAAGUGCCCUUGGUGCAUGAUGGUCUCAACGGAGAAGAUUGAAGCUCUGGUUGAUUUUCUUUUUAACAAAAUGGGUUUUGAAAAAUCUGUGUUCUUGAAGAGGCCUUUGCUUUUCUCGUACAGCUUGGAGAAACGGGUUGUGCCUAGAUGCCUCGUUUAUCAAAUCUUGGUAGCCAAGGGUUUGACGAAGAGCCGUUUAGGCACAUUACUAGACGUUUCUGAGAAGAGAUUUCUAAAAGAUUACAUUGAGUGCCAUAAAGGUGAAGCUUCUGAACUGUUGAAAGUAUACAAGGAAAAACGAGCCCUUGUCCAAUGAAUGUGGACCUGGAUAUGAAGGGGGAGCUUCAUUGUAGCUUAUAACUAGUACUAUCUGCUAUGGGCUGUUAAAUAGUG